ACCAGUCAAAGUCAAACACGUUUUGUACCAGAAAAAACUACAACACAUGUUAGACGCUUUCUUUGAAUUUCACAAACACAACCCAUUCCUCAAUCAAACAGAAGAAAGAGUUGAAGAACACAUUAAGCAAUUGAUCCAAUUCAAACCUCUGGUGAAGCAAGCACUUUCCACCUAGAAAACCAAGCUUCAUCUCAAGAUGUUGCUAUGCUCCUCUUCUACAAGCAUUACCAUGACCGUGUUGUUGUUGUUGUUGGUGGCGAUGAGCUUCCACAUGAUUUCAGAAACACAAGCCCAACAAGAGUACUUGAACAACAAUCAACUAGAUUGUGAUAACACACACAACUCCACAUAUGGCAACGUUUGCAACAGUGUCACUUCAUGCCAAUCCUAUCUCACCUUCAAAUCAUCUUCCCCUGAAUACAACACACCUUCUUCAAUCUCCUACCUCCUCAACUCCACACCCUCCCUCGUCGCUAAAUCCAACAACAUCACCGACGUCACCCCCAUCAUCACCGACACCAUGGUCACCGUCCCCGUCACCUGCUCCUGCUCCGGCGGCCGCUACCAACACAACGCCACCUACAACUUGAAGAAAACAGGGGAGACUUACUUCUCCAUCGCCAACAACACCUACCAGUCCCUCACUACUUGUCAAGCCCUCAUGGCUCAGAACCCCUACGAUGCUAAGAACCUCUUCGCCGGUGAUGACCUCCAUGUGCCUCUCCGGUGCGCUUGCCCCACCAAGAAACAGAGUGAUGCAGGGUUCAAGUACCUGCUCACCUACCUGGUUUCUCAAGGGGAGUCGCCAGAUUCCAUUGCUGAGAUCUUUGGUGUUGAUACACAGAGUGUUUUGGAUGCCAACGAGCUUGAUUCUAAAUCCGUCGUUUUCUACUUCACACCGCUGUUGGUUCCUCUUAAAACAGAGCCACCGGCGAGGUUACAGAUAGCAGCGUCGCCGCCGGAGUCUCCACCGCCAGCUCCGGCGGGUAAUGAUAGUUCCAGCUCUUCCAAGAAAUGGGUCAUCGUCGGUGUCACGGUUGGGGUUGCUGUGUGCCUCGUUGUGGCUCUUCUCGUGUUUUUCCUCUGUUUCUACAAUCGUCGCCGCCGUCAGCCGGCGCCGCCACCGGUAUCGGUUAAGGAUUUCCCGGACUCUGCCGUCAAGAUGGUGUCGGAAACCACCCCCACAACCGAAUCCUGGUCACUUUCUUCAGAAGGGGUUCGCUAUGCGAUUGAGUCGUUGACCGCGUACAAGUUCGGGGACAUACAAACCGCUACAAAGUUCUUCAGCGAAGAGAACAAGAUCAAAGGGUCUGUUUACAGAGCUUCUUUCAAAGGUGAUGAUGCUGCUGUGAAGAUUCUCAAUGGUGAUGUCUCUGCUGAGAUCAACCUUCUCAAGAGGAUCAACCAUGCCAACAUUAUAAGGCUAUCUGGUUUUUGUGUGCACAAAGGUAACACCUAUCUUGUUUAUGAGUUUGCUGAGAAGGAUUCACUUGAUGAUUGGCUUCAUAGUGAGAAGAAGUAUCAGAAUUCAGUGUCUUUGAGUUGGAUGCAGAGGGUUCAGAUUGCUUAUGAUGUUGCUGAUGCUCUCAAUUACCUUCAUAACUAUACCAAUCCUGUUCUUAUUCAUAAGAAUUUGAAGAGUGGCAAUGUUCUUUUGAAUGGGAAAUUUAGAGCUAAAGUUUCAAAUUUCGGGUUAGCAAGGGCCAUGGAGGAUCAAGGAGAAGAUGGUGGGGGGUUCCAAAUGACAAGGCAUGUGGUUGGGACUCAAGGUUACAUGCCACCUGAGUACACUGAGAAUGGUUUGAUUACUCCAAAGAUGGAUGUUUAUGCAUUUGGGGUUGUGAUGUUGGAGCUUCUUUCAGGAAAAGAAGCCACCGGUAAUGGGGACAAGAAUGGAUUAGGGGAGAAGAUGGUGCUGUCAGAAACUGUGAAUCAUGUGCUUGAAGGAGACAAUGACAAUGUUAGGGACAAACUUCGAGGUUUCAUGGAUCAAACUUUGAGGGAUGAGUACCCUUUGGAUUUAGCUUACUCCAUGGCUGAGAUUGCCAAACGAUGUGUUGCCCAUGACCUCAAUUCAAGACCAAACAUUUCUGAGGUUUUCAUGACUCUGUCUAAGGUUCAAUCCUCUACGUUGGAUUGGGAUCCAUCUAGUGAGGUUGAACGCUCCAGAUCUGUUAGCCAAAUCUCUGAAAGCAGAUAGUUGAUGUUGUACAUGAUGCAUGUUUGAAAACCAUUCUAUAAUUUGAUUAUGCAUUUAGAAUCAAUUUUCA